CUCCAUCACAACAAAACAUCGCGAACGGAGUGUGAUAACUGUUCAUUCACUUUCUGGAAAAAAGCACUGUCGCUGUUUUAGUAAUUUUAAAGCUGUUCAUCUCAGAAUUUAAAUUAUUUUCAGGUGUAGAUUUUUGUGCCAUUGCUUCCAAAACAAUCAAGUCACUCCAAUCAUUCAUUACCUCUGUGUUUUCCUCGGUAAAUGUAUUUCCUUCUUGGCUGGUAACUAUGGCUGGAAAAGACAGACCACACUAUGAUAGGGACACAAGUAGCGAUACCGAAGAUUAUCAAGACUCAGAAGAUACUCGUAGGAGAGUAUUUAAAAACAGAUUUAGCUCGGGCUCAAAACCUAAACCGUGCUUAGUGCAGCGACAGUCAUCUAAUGGCUCCAGUGACCGCUCUCACUCAAGUCAUCAUAGUCUUCAGAAUUCCCCUCGAAAUAAAUUUAGAAGAUUGAAGUUUGACCGAGUGGUCUUUUACGCUCACAGGCCGCGUGGACAGCAUCAUACAAGUUCCUCCAAAGACGUGAAUCAGGGCAACAGUACAGCAGCCUCUGCAUCUUCAAGUGUACCCAGCAGUGAAGAGCGAAUUACUCUAGUCGUAGAUAAUACCAGAUUCAUUCUGGAUCCUGCCAUGUUCACAGCUCAUCCAAACACGAUGUUGGGCAGAAUGUUCACCUCUGGACUCGAAUUCACACAUCCUAACGAACGGGGAGAAUAUGAAGUUGCCGAAGGGAUUUCUGCAGCAGUGUUUCGAUGUAUUUUAGAUUUCUACAAGGGCAAAAUCAUCCGUUGUCCACCCACUGUCUCUGUCCAAGAAUUGCGAGAAGCCUGUGAUUAUCUACUUGUGCCUUUUGAUGCAAAUACUGUCAAAUGUCAAAAUUUACGAGGACUGCUACAUGAACUGAGCAAUGAAGGUGCAAGGUGUCAGUUUGAAGUUUUCCUGGAAGAUUUGAUCUUACCCUUAAUGGUCAAUUCGGCACAACGUGGUGACCGAGAGUGCCAUGUUGUUGUUCUUCUUGAUGAUGACUCAGUAGAUUGGGAUGAAGCUUAUCCUCCCCAAAUGGGGGAGGAAUACUCACAAACUGUCAAUAGCACUGCCAUGUACAGAUUCUUCAAGUAUAUUGAGAAUAGAGAUGUUGCCAAACAGGUGAUGAAAGAGCGAGGUUUGAAAAAAAUCCGGCUAGGCAUUGAAGGUUACCCCACAUAUAAAGAAAAAGUGAAGAAACGCGCAGGAGGUAGAUCAGACGUCAUUUACAAUUAUGUUCAAAGGCCUUUCAUCCACAUGUCCUGGGAAAAAGAAGAAGCCAAAAGCAGACAUGUAGAUUUUCAGUGUGUCAAAUCAAAGUCAGUAACGAAUCUAGCAGAAGCAACCGCUGACCCUCUGUUAGAGUUAGAUGCUGGUGGUAACAUUAUUCCUGCCAACGUUCCGCCGGUUCCCCCAGAAGAAAUUCUCGCAGCAGAACUCGAAGAAGCUGUCGGAAUGGACCCUCAAGCUGUUGCGGCUCAUGAAGAUCCUUAGCGCUCAAAAGUCUGUAAUUUUUUUAUCCAAUUUUCUCUCCUUCGCUUUGUAAAAUCGUUUUCCAUAAAAGCAUUUAUUGGAUGUUAUUGUAAUUAUCCUCCAUAAUCAUAAUUUUUUUAAGACUCUGAACUCUGUCAUAUAUUUUGAUUACAACUCUUCGUUUAAUUUUUA